GGGACUGGGUGGAUUUGGGAAUGUAUUUGUUGCAACAUAAACAUCAGUUGAUAACCGGUUCCUAUGCUCGAGAAGUAGGAUAUUAGUUCUCUCUUGAUUUUUGUUUAUAAUCACGCAAGUUCUAACCCAUAUAUACGUAGAGCAAAUGGGGAACACUUCGUCGAAAGAAGAAGUGAAGCUCGUUCGGAAACUCGGUGAAGGGUCCUACGCAGAAGUAUACGAAGCUUUUUGGAAGAAGACACCAGUUGCCGCAAAAAAACUCCACACUUACUUGUUGAAGAAGACCGAUAUUCAUGCGAAAUUCAAAGCAGAGUGGGAAUUGUUGAGCCAGUUGGAUCAUCCCAAUAUUGUGAAAUAUUUACACGUUGUUUUGCCUAAAUCCCCGCAAGAGGCACCGAUUAUUAUCACAGAGCUUUUGGAACAAGAUUUGGCUAAAUUCAUAUCUUCACAAAGAAAGCAAAAUGGCCAAAUUAGCUUUCGUGAUACAGUGUUCAUAAUGCUUGACGUUGCCAAAGGACUCGAUUAUCUUCAUCAAAGACCAGAGCCAGUAGUACAUAGAGACCUUUCUUGUAAGAAUAUUUUGUUAACUGCUAACAAACAAGCAAAGAUCGCCGACUUAGGAAUUGCGAAAUGUUUUCCGGGCGGUGAGAUGUCUGCAACGGCAGACGUUGGGACAAAAGCUACUCGAGCUCCUGAAACAUAUGGGAAGCGGACUCGUAGCAGAGAGCGUAAGAACUACGGAACUAAAGCCGACAUAUUUUCUUUUGGAGUCGUUCUUAUGGAAGUAAUAGUCGGUCAUCUUUCUUUGUGCUUGUCUGAACUUCAUACGGAAGAUGGAAAAACUGUGCCAGAAACUAUUCGCCGAAGUGAGGAUCUCUAUGAAAUACAACCCGAACAUCCUCUACGUUCUAUGGUCCUGGUCUGUCUGGAAGAUGAACCCGAAGACCGUCCGACAGCCGAAGACUUGGCGAACUCCCUCACACGCUUCAAAGAUAGUAAUGAACCACAUCGAUCGCAGGAAAAUCUCCACAGCAGAAAGCCAGUUCAUCUAGUUACGUUUGGUCAGUAUGACUACGAGUUUAAAGUUGUGUUGGUUGGCGAUACGAGUGUUGGAAAAACAAGCAUUGCAACGAAAUUUGUUCAACCCUCACGUCCAUUUCAAGACAUAUUGCCGGCGACAAUUACUUGGGGAGAAUACAACGAGCGUCUUCAGCUUAAAGGUAAAUCCAUUUUCCUACAAAUUGUGGACACAGCGGGAGAGUUUAACAUGAACAGCUCGCUCCCGCAACUGUACAGAGGAGUUCACGGGGCGGCUGUUGUUUUUGACGUGGCUUGGAAGGCUUCUUUGGCAAGUGUGCGUCAAUGGGUCUCCAUGGUGCGUGAAAAAUGUAGGAAUGACAUACCCAUAAUCCUUGUGGGGAACAAGACAGACAGUGAGAACAGACAAGUGAGUACUGAAACAGCGGAAAAAAUGUGUAAAGAUUUCAAUCUUUUUUAUAUUGAAGUGAGCGCCAAAACUGGUCGAAAUAUCGAGGAGACAUUUUCCGUUUUAGUAGAGCAGUUGAUGGACCAGAGAGAACAACAAGACUUUUCUCGUCCUUCAACGAGUUCUGCUUCACAUCGGCGAAGCAUGGAUUUUAGUGCAAAGCAGUAUGCUCCUGUUUCACAAAUCACGGAGAGGGAGCCAGCCGUGCGGAGAAGAAUCAAUAAACAUCCUGAUAGCCUAAAUCUGAAUUCAGCCAUUCAAAAAGAACGGAACUAUAUAACUCCUUUUUCGGUCAAUGAAGCUGACAGAAAGAAAAAAUCCUGCUGCUCUUAACUGGAAGCUUAACACAAAAUGUGAGUGGCUACGACCGGCCCCCAUUUUCACUGCUGGUCUGUCGAACAGUUCUUUCGGUAAAUGGACUCUCUAUUUCAGUUAAGACAACUAAAAGAACUUAUUCUGACCGAACUGUACUUGACGUUUGAGGAAGGCUAUAGUCAAUUUCCACGCUCGAACGCGUACUAGUUUGCAGGAAAAUUGUGGGAGUUUGAGUAUCUAACACUGUGAGCGGAAAAUGUGCCGGCACUCACGAGUAGGGGACGUUAGCAUUUCUUGUACACCAACCAGAAACAGUUCUCCCAGGUGGUAAAGCAGCCUGAGUUAAAAGGGUGGUAUACUCCUACAACGAUGCAAUUUUUUCCUCUGUCGUUCAAAAUAAUUUGUAACAAUUUCAUUUCCCCAGCUGGUCUCGAAAGCAAUGAGUUUUUUUGUUGCGUGGUUAAACUGACAAAAGAUGUUCACUAAGGCAGGACGAUUUUUGUUACUCUUGUGUAAGAGACCUCGUCAUAGGACAUAGGCAGUCAAUUUUCUAGAGUCCCCCUCUCUGUUAGCGACGACUGACCCCCCCUCCGUUCCCCUGAAAGCCAUGUCACCCUCACCCCCACUCCCCAUCCCAGGUCCCUAAAUUGGAAGGUUGCUUGAAAUUUCGAGUCUAAAACUUGGAAAUCAUGAAGUACGAGAUAUGGUUAGUAAAAGAAUCAUGAAUGUAGAGAAACAAAAUGGAGAAUAAUGAAUCAUUGCGCCAAAAGCAAGAAUCACGAAUCUCAAAGGUCAAAUGAUCGUCAUGAUUCUAAUUCCACCCCCGAAAAUGCGGGCAUGCUCGAACUCUUAACGGUCCAAACAAAGGAAGAAAGUAGGACGUACCAUACAUUAAAGUCAUUAAUUAAAUACUAAUGG